CCCCCCCCACCGCCACGAGACCGGCGGAGCCCCGGGCCCGCGCGCGCGGCCGUUGCGGGCGGCGCCGCCAUGAGGCGCGGGGAGCGGCGGAGCCCCGGGCGCGGGGAGCGACGCAGCCCCGGGCGCGGGGAGCGGCGGAGCCCCGGGCGCGGCGGGGCCCCCGGCAAGGCCGCCCUGGAGGAGCAGCCGCCCGCCCCGCAGCACCCCCCGCAGCCCAACGGCGGGGCCCCCGCGGCGGCAGCAGCAGCAGCAGAACGGCCCCCGCCGCCCGCAGCCGAGAGGAGCAGCCCCGGCCUGCGCCGCAGCACCGAGUCCGAGGUGUACGACGACGGCACCAACACCUUCUUCUGGAGAGCUCAUACUUUAACAGUCUUGUUCAUCCUCACGUGUGCGCUGGGCUACGUAACCUUGCUUGAGGAAACACCACAAGACACAGCCUACAACACAAAGAGAGGAAUUGUUGCCAGUAUCUUGGUGUUCUUAUGUUUUGGAGUUACACAAGCUAAAGAUGGACCAUUCUCAAGACCUCAUCCAGCUUACUGGAGGUUUUGGCUCUGUGUCAGCGUUGUGUAUGAGCUCUUCCUCAUCUUCAUACUCUUUCAGACUGUACAGGAUGGCAGGCAGUUCAUGAAGUACAUUGAUCCACACCUAGGUGUUCCUUUGCCAGAAAGAGACUAUGGUGGCAACUGCCUUCUUUACGAUCCUGGCAACGGGAGUGAUCCAUUCCACAACAUCUGGGACAAACUGGAUGGAUUUGUUCCUGCUCACUUUUUUGGCUGGUACCUGAAGACGUUGAUGAUCCGAGACUGGUGGAUGUGCAUGAUCAUCAGUGUCAUGUUUGAGUUCCUGGAGUACAGCCUGGAACACCAGCUGCCAAACUUCAGUGAAUGUUGGUGGGAUCACUGGAUAAUGGACGUGAUCUUGUGUAACGGAUUGGGAAUUUACUGUGGGAUGAAGACUCUGUCUUGGCUCUCUUUGAAAACAUACAAAUGGCAAGGACUUUGGAACAUUCCUACGUACAAAGGUAAAAUGAAGAGGAUUGUCUUCCAGUUCACCCCGUACAGCUGGGUCAAAUUUGAGUGGAAGCCAGCGUCCAGCCUGCGCAGGUGGCUGGCAGUGUGUGGCAUCAUCUUUGUAUUUUUAUUGGCAGAGUUGAACACAUUUUACUUGAAGUUUGUCCUCUGGAUGCCACCAGAACACUACCUGGUCCUGUUACGCCUUGUCUUUUUUGUCAAUGUGGGAGGUGUGGCUAUGAGGGAGAUCUACGACUUCAUGGACGACCCGAGGUUCCAUAAGAAGCUGGGUCAGCAGGCAUGGCUGGUGGCUGCCAUCACUGCCACGGAGUUUCUGAUCGUGGUGAAGUACGAUCCCUACACACUCACCCUUUCCCUUCCCUUCUACAUCACCCAGUGCUGGAUCCUGGGAAUCAUCCUGGUGCUCACCUGGACAGCCUGGCGCUUCUUCAUCCGGGACAUCACUCUGCGGUAUAAGGAGAUACGGCGGCAGAAGCAGGAGCACAAGUAUGAGAAGGACAAAUGCCUGAGCAAUGGUGAUGGACACUCAUCAGUGCUGGAGGAACAAAACAGGAACAAACUGAGGGAGAAGAAACUUUGAGCAACAGACAAAGGGCUAAAAGGAACUGGUAGUGCUCAAGUUGGCCUGGUGGACAGUUGCAACCUUACCCUACCUAACUUGUAACUUUCGUUGUUAGCUUUCCAACGCGUGAGAGCCCUCUCGGGGGAAAAGGUGUCGUUCUGACACACACAUCCUUCCUCCUCCUGUCCUAGUGAGAGCUGGAGAAAGGCUGUGUAGAGGGAAGUCAGAGCCACCACCCUUGCAACAAGAUGGGCUCUUCAUUCAGACGUGUUGUAUGUCUUCCUUGAAACCAGGUUUGGAGACAAGGGGCUUUAAAACAAAGCGCGAAGGAAACCUAGCUGAUCUAUUUCCAGUAAACUGUGAGAUUUUGGUUUUGACCUUUGGGCAUUAGGAACACUUGUUUUGGAGUGUACAGAUACCUGGCACAGGAAAUGAAUUGAUUUUAUCUGCUCAAGCUUCCUUGAGCUGUGGAGCCAGGUCGUGUAAAGUGUCCAGCCACUGGUAACAAACUGCAGCGAGACAAAUGUAGAGAAACUGAAGCUUGUGAACAAGUUGCACAACUUGCACAGAAUGUAACCCAGGACACUACUGUUACACCCUCUGCUGGGGGUGAUUGCCUUUCUCUGAGCUGACUUCCAACAUCCUGGAAUAGCCUACAAUAGUUCCGUGUUGUAUCGCAGCUCUAGGGAGACAGCCAACUCUCCUUGGUUCUUUUAUUUUUCUUUUAGUCUUGGUCAUCUCUUUGAGGGCAGGUUCAGUAAGGUCAGCCUGCCUUCCCUUCGCUCCGGGGAGUCAAACACCUCGCAGGCAGGACGCAGGGAGUUACUCCAUCGGGCUUAAGUUAUUUGCCUUAUUCUCAGCUCGUUCAGUUUGCUUUCCAGCAGGGUUUCAUUCUUGGUGCCUGCUGCACGGGGCACGUCAGGUUCUGCCACCCCUCAGGGCUGCCCCGUGGCUCCCAGGGUGGCUCCAGGGAGUCCAGCAGCUGUUCCUGCAGCCACACGAGGUGCUGCUGCUGCUCCUCCCCUGCUGUCCCUGCCAGCAGAGCAGCCUGAGUGCAGCAAAGUGCAGCUUCUUCCCCAGGUCUGCGGGCCAAGCCAGACAGCAUUUUUUUGCUUGGUGACUCAGCAUCUAGGAAAAGCAAUUGGAAGCCUGGGCUGCGUUGUUGUUUUAUUUCCAGGUCAUUAUUCCAAAAUGUAAGUGCUCCACUAAGCACCAGUUCUGUCACCUCUGCUCUGGGCCUUGCAGCCGCCCCGGCGGCACUGACGUCCCUUCGCCGUCACUCCUAGAUGCUGCCACCUGCUCUGGCUGCUAGAGGGUAUUGUUUUUCAGGGAAGUGUUUAUGCAGAAGAACAUGACAUAAACAGCACUGGUGAAAGUUCAGGAGUGCAACCCCAAUGUUUUUAAGUGGUAGGAGACCCGUGGAGCUGCUGCCUAGCUGCCAUCCACGCUUUCCAUCCCUUCUCAACCUGUGCAGGAAUGACCACCAAUAUCUGCAUCUCUGCCACUUGACAGUGACCCAGGCACCUCCUACCCCUGAAGGAUGGGCACUCAGUGGGAGAGCAGACUGAUCCAUGGAGCAGUUGGUUGUGUCUGAAGAGCCCCACAGAGGCAGCAGAGCUGAGGGGCUGCCUGCAGGGGAGAGGGGGUGACCAACACCAGAGGGGGCAUCAGCUGCUUCCUCCAGCCCUGCCACGUGCUGUGGGCAGUUGCUACGUGGCUGCUCCUGAGUGGUGGUGCUUUGCUGCUGUGAGGUAGUGCAGAGUAGACAGCUGUGUAACUAGAUGCUGACAGGUCUGUAGAUGGGCAGAGUGCUGAGUUGAGCAAGUAUUUCUUUGCCUUUCCACCCGGAGUCGUUCUAGUUCCAGCUUUAGACCAGUCCAUGGACCUGGUUGUUUGGUAGCUCGUACCAGUGUGUUGUGCUUGUGUUGUCCCAGCCAGGCUCAGGUUGGUGUCUCCCCAUUCUCUUUGUGCUGGUUAACUCUGUGCCCCCCUCUCCCACCUCCUGGGUCUGUCUCAUUUGGGUGGCAGCAGGCAUGUGGAGGGAUCCAUCCCUGUACCUGGCUCCCCUCCCUGCCAAAACCCCAUGGAUGUACCUGUGAAACACCUGGUGAAGGAUACCUGUUCCCUGGGGACCCUCCUGGAGCUUUGACCUAAUACAUGAACCACUGACUUGUUUGUCUACAUCCAUCUAAACAGCUUCUAUGGUUAGUCUGGGUAACUGAACCAGUGUAAUAAAGCAAUGUUUGCUGGCGUGUUCUUUGGUA